UUUCCAUACUGACAAAUGAUUGCUUUAAUCGAAGCUUGUCAUGUCAGAAUACUGGAAGUCCACACCUAAAUACUGGUGCAAGCACUGCAAAACCUACGUCCGCGACACUGCCUUCGAGCGCACCCAACACGAAGCCACAGGUAAACACCAGGGUAACCUCAGGCGCUUCCUGCGCGAUAUCCACCGCAACAACGAACGCGACGAGCGGAAAAAUCAACAAGCGAGGAAUGAAAUCGAGCGGCUGAAGGGUGUUGUCUCUGGAUCGUCCAAGACAGGAGAGCAACAGCGCCCACCAUGGAAACAUGGGCUAGGGGGCGGUUCAGGCGCAGGUCCAGCUACGGGUGCAAAUGCGGAAUCGAGCGCAUCUCUCUCUGCAAACGCAGAGCAGCGGAAGCGUCAACUGGCGCAGUUAGUGGAACUCGGAGUUGCUAUCCCGGAGGAGUUUAGGCCGCAUUUGGCGCUCGCGGGAGAUUGGAAAGUUGUUGAAGAGACAACAGCGGAGGAAAAAGGGCACGAGCAGGAUCCUAUGGCUGGGUUGAAUAUUGGCGUCAGGAAAAGAAAGUUUGAAGGACAGGAGGAGGAGGAGGCUGCGGGAGAGACGGUGAUGAGGAAAGGGUGGGGAUCGACGACAAGGGCGUUCCCUGAUGAUGGGAAGGAUAUUGACGCUUUGUUGGAACGAGCGACGGAGCUGAAAAGGAAGGGGCCAAAGAUGGAGACACCAGAUGUUAAAGCGGAGCGGGAAGGCGUUGUCGACGGCAGUAUCGACAUUGCGACCAGGAAGGAGAACCCAGCCGCUAAUGAUGGGGAUGUUCCUCCAAUUAAAAGAGAGGAAAGAGGAAAUGGGUCGACGAUUGCUGGGACCAAAGAGAAAGGGGAUGCGAAGGAUGUAUCACGAUCGGCUUCAGAGGCUUUGGGGGAAACUUCUGAGGGCAUCGUACCUGCCGUGGUUUUCAAGAAGCGCAAACCGAAGCAUGCCAGGUGAUUUUGUUAAUUCGACUGGCUACGUAACAACGUUCGCAUAUCUCUAUUUACUUGGAUGAAAUUGACCUCCAUUCCCCGGUCAAAGAUACUACGACGUGCCCGUACCUUCAUGGUAUAUAGCAAUGGGGCUAGAACCCCAUAACCUGGGGACGUGUCCACGGCGCUUCGAUUGUCCACUCCUGGGCUAUACCACUUGACUAGACGCCUCCCUAUUGUAACAAACGCAAGACAGUUUUCGAGCUUUC